GAUUCAGUAGCCUUCUUUAACAUGACGGGAGAACGAGGCGCAACAACGCCCACCAACACAGAUGCGAUCUUCGACACCAUAAUAAGAGGGUUCAUUGGAGUUUGAGAAUCCACCAUUUCCCGCAGAAUGAAUGCUUGAUAGUGUUUGAAGGUGAGCAUGAUAUCUACUAGCCAUGAGGAAGAUUCAUAAGUGGAGGAAGAUCUCUAAAUCACCUUUUCUAGUAAAGAUCCCACCGACAUCCUCCUUCAUAACAAUGACCUAUUGGUCAUCACAGUGUAGUACAAAAAUUAGGACAUAAAAUAAGUAUUGAUUGACCCUAGAAGCUCAUCAGACGUCCUAUUCUGGGACUCUUGUAAGGGGCCUUCGACUUGAUCUAGAUGACAUCCAUGAAUUCCAAAGCUCCCUAGUAAGUCUUUCUGAAAAAACACGUACAAGUGAAAGGCAACUUAACCUUCGAGCGAUGUUCUAGUUAGAAGAAAACGUGAAGACGACAAGAUAAGAUACCACGUAGUAGACGCUCCAUAAUCGUAGAACAUCAUUGUGGGGCGACCCACCCUCAAUCUAUUGGAGAGCCACAAGGAUUAAGACAGUAACCUCUACAUUUUGUGGCUAUAAAAGACAAUGUUGUCUCAAAACCAAGCAGAUGAAGCACUAGUGACACAUCUCAAUGAGACAGAACAAGAAGAUAGAGAACAAGACCAAUCGAUGUCCAAUUUCAAAAGCUUCUUAUGGCAUGGUGGUUCUGUUUGGGAUGCAUGGUUUAGUUGUGCUUCAAAUCAAGUGGCUCAAGUGUUGUUAACACUGCCAUAUUCAUUCUCUCAACUUGGUAUGGUAUCAGGCAUUGUGUUUCAGAUAUUCUAUGGCCUUGUUGGAAGCUGGACUGCUUAUUUAAUCAGUGUUCUCUAUGUUGAGUAUCGUGCAAGAAAGGAAAAGGAAAAUGUUAACUUCAAAAACCAUGUCAUCCAGUGGUUUGAAGUUCUUGAUGGGUUACUAGGAAAAUAUUGGAAAGCUUUGGGGUUAGUCUUCAAUUGUACUUUCCUUCUAUUUGGGGCUGUCAUUCAGCUUAUAGCAUGUGCAAGUAUUAUAUAUUACAUAAAUGAUAAAUUGGACAAAAGAACAUGGACAUAUAUAUUUGGAGCAUGUUGUGCUACAACAGUUUUCAUACCAUCUUUCCAUAAUUACCGUAUUUGGUCAUUUCUUGGUCUUGGAAUGACUACUUACACUGCUUGGUAUCUUGCUAUAGCUGCUAUAAUUAAUGGCCAGAUAGAAAAUGUGGUACACUCUGGUCCAACAAAGCUGGUAUUGUACUUCACAGGAGCCACUAACAUACUCUACACUUUUGGUGGACAUGCUGUCACUGUGGAGAUUAUGCACGCCAUGUGGAAACCUCAAAAGUUUAAGUACAUAUAUUUUUUGGCAACAUUGUACGUUUUUACGUUAACGAUUCCUUCUGCUGUUGCCGUUUACUGGGCUUUCGGUGACGAACUGCUAAACCACUCCAACGCUUUAUCUCUUCUUCCUCAAAGCGGAUUCCGUGAUUCCGCCGUUAUCCUCAUGCUCAUUCAUCAGUUUAUCACAUUUGGAUUUGUAUGUACUCCACUGUAUUUUGUAUGGGAGAAGGCAAUUGGAAUGCAUGAGACUGAUAGUAUUUGUUUGAGGGCAUUGGUAAGAUUACCAGUUGUGAUACCAAUUUGGCUUUUGGCUAUAAUAUUUCCAUUCUUUGGACCCAUAAAUUCAGCUGUUGGGGCCUUACUUGUUAGCUUUACUGUCUACAUCAUUCCUGCCUUAGCCCAUAUGCUUACUUAUAGAACAGCUUCUGCAAGACAGAAUGCUGUUGAGAAACCUCCUUUCUUCCUACCAAGUUGGACAGCUGUAUAUGUCAUGAAUGCAUUCAUAGUGGUAUGGAUUUUUGUGGUUGGAUUUGGGUUUGGAGGAUGGGCCAGCAUGAUCAACUUCAUAAAACAAAUUGACACUUUUGGGAUUUUUGCUAAAUGCUACCAAUGCCCACAUCCAACACCAUCCCAAUCACCACCCCCUCUUUGGUUUCCGGAUUAAUCGGUCCUUGAACCAGUUAUCAAAUAUUUAAAAAAUAAAUAAAGAAAUAUUGUGUUUGAUGUUAGGUGCUGAAUAUUGAUUUUAAAUAUAAAAAAAUUGUGGGAAUUGAUCUAUGUUUCAAUCCAAUCAUGUUACAAUAAGUUAACGAAUUAAUAUAAUGUUUAAAAGAUUAUUUUACAAACAAAAAGUUACUUGUUCUGAUUUAUCCAAAAAACCCUAAAGACGAAGGUCUAACCGUUAGUCAUUUGGCUAGUCCAUAACACAAAGGUUUUUUAAACUCCUUUAUUUGCACUUUAUAUUUUAAGACAUUUUACACUUAAAAAAAAAUUUCAUUCCAAGUUUUAUAACUUCUCUUACUUUUAAAUCCAACAAUCAUUCAUUAAAAUUAUAUAAUUUUCUCCCAAAUCAAACAGUAAAACCUUUUUAAAUCUAAUUUCGACC